CCUAAAGCCUCACAAAACCUUCACAAAUCAUUUCCCUGAAACGCCCCUCUCUUCGAAUUUCAUCAGUUCAUUUCUCUCGCAUCUCUCUGAUCUUACGAUGGCUGGCGGUAAGGUCAAGAUCGGAAUCAAUGGAUUCGGAAGAAUCGGUCGUUUGGUCGCUAGAGUUAUCUUGCAGAGGGACGAUGUUGAGCUCGUCGCUGUCAACGAUCCUUUCAUCACCACGGAUUACAUGACCUACAUGUUCAAGUACGACAGUGUGCACGGUCAGUGGAAGCACAACGAACUCAAAGUUAAGGAUGAGAAGACUCUUCUCUUUGGCGAGAAGCCAGUCACUGUUUUCGGUAUCAGGAACCCUGAGGAUAUCCCAUGGGCUCAGGCUGGUGCUGACUAUGUUGUCGAGUCCACUGGUGUCUUUACUGACAAGGACAAGGCUGCUGCCCACUUGAAGGGUGGUGCCAAGAAGGUUGUCAUCUCUGCCCCAAGCAAGGAUGCACCCAUGUUCGUCGUUGGUGUCAAUGAGCACGAGUACAAGCCUGAGCUUGACAUUGUUUCCAAUGCUAGCUGCACCACCAACUGCCUUGCUCCCCUUGCCAAGGUUAUUCAUGACAGGUUUGGAAUUGUUGAGGGGCUUAUGACCACUGUCCACUCUAUCACUGCUACUCAGAAGACUGUUGAUGGUCCAUCCAUGAAGGACUGGAGAGGUGGAAGGGCUGCAUCCUUCAACAUUAUUCCUAGCAGCACUGGAGCUGCCAAGGCUGUCGGCAAAGUUCUCCCAGCUCUCAACGGGAAGUUGACCGGAAUGUCCUUCCGUGUUCCUACAGUGGACGUCUCGGUUGUCGACCUCACUGUUAGACUUGAGAAAGCUGCCACAUACGAUGACAUCAAGAAGGCUAUCAAGGAGGAGUCUGAAGGCAAGCUGAAGGGCAUCUUGGGAUACACUGAGGAUGAUGUUGUUUCGACCGACUUUGUUGGUGACAGCAGGUCGAGCAUAUUUGACGCGAAGGCAGGAAUUGCGUUGAGCCAGAACUUCGUCAAGGUCGUCUCCUGGUACGACAACGAGAUGGGCUACAGUACCCGUGUCGUCGACUUGAUCGUUCACAUGUCCAAGGCCUAAACCCUAAACCCGUCAUCAUCGUGAUCACCUGUUGUCUGGAUUUUGUGCUUCUCAAUAAAAAAACAACUCAUGUCCCUUCGUUAGGUUUGGUCGCCGGUGGUUUCCUGCAUCGGCUAUGGGGAGUUCGUUUGUCGGCGUUUUGUUUGUUCCUUUACUCUACCCUUUUUUGGUUUUCUCAGAUGGGUUUCAACCCAAAAACCACCUCUCGCUUGGUGUUGUUUCAUGUUAUGACUGAGAAAUAGUGAUUUAUGGUCUUUUAGUUCCAUUUCUGGUU